GGGUUAGAAAAUGGAAAAACCCUGGUGGCUCCAGAAACGCCAUAAACCCCAAAUUUGAAGCAGAAUCAGAAAAUCAAAAUUGACACAUAAGAAAAAACUAAAAAGCAAUAAUAACAAAGUACCCAUGGAUGAUGGAGAAGGAGGAUUAAGCUUUGACUUCGAGGGCGGACUAGACACAGUGCCAACACACCCAACUGCAUCAGUACCAGUAAUACAAUCCUCAGACCAUUACAACACCACUACCACUGCGGGCCCCGCCCCGAGUGCCUCUACUGCCUCAGUACCUACAGUCGGACUAGGGCAAGGCCAAUUAGGGGAUGGUUCGUUUGUUGGGAAUCGUAGAAGCUUCAGGCAGACUGUUUGCCGGCAUUGGCUGCGGUCAUUGUGUAUGAAGGGUGAUGCUUGUGGAUUCCUCCACCAAUAUGAUAAGUCUCGAAUGCCUAUUUGCAGAUUUUUUCGACUUUACGGCGAGUGUCGUGAGCCGGAUUGUGUUUAUAAGCACACCAAUGAGGAUAUUAAAGAGUGUAACAUGUAUAAAUUGGGAUUUUGCCCGAAUGGUCCUGAUUGCCGAUAUAGACAUGCAAAGCUGCCUGGACCUCCACCUCCGGUGGAAGAAGUUCUUCAGAAAAUCCAGAAUUUGACAUCCUACAACUAUGGUUACUCAAACAGGUUUUUCCAGAACCGCAAUGCUAAUUAUUCAACUCAGGCAGACAAAUCUCCUACUCCUCAAGUACAGAAUGUAAUGAAUCAAGCAGUGAAAUCUACAGCUGCAGAGCCACCCACUGGGCACCAGCACCAGCCGCAUCAACAACAAGUUCAACAGCCUCAACAUCACGGCGCCCCAACUCAAACACAAACUCUUCCCAACGGCCAGCAAAAUCAGGCGGAUAGAACUGCUAUACCCCUGCCUCAAGGAACAUCUAGGUACUUUAUAGUUAAAAGCUGCAACCCUGAGAAUCUUGAAUUGUCAGUACAACAAGGAGUUUGGGCAACUCAACGAAGCAAUGAAGCUAAACUAAAUGAAGCUUUCGAUUCUGUGGAAAAUGUCAUUCUAGUUUUUUCGAUCAACCGGACUAGACAUUUUCAGGGUCUUGCAAAAAUGACAUCUAGAAUUGGUGGUGCUUCUAAAGGAGGAAACUGGAAGCAUGAACACGGAACUGCACAUUAUGGACGGAAUUUUUCAGUAAAAUGGUUAAAGCUCUGUGAACUGUCCUUCCAGAAAACUCGCCAUUUGAGGAAUCCAUAUAAUGAAAACUUACCUGUGAAGAUAAGCAGAGAUUGUCAAGAAUUAGAGAUCUCUGUUGGAGAGCAGUUAGCUUCUUUACUCUGUCUAGAACCAGACAGUGAACUUAUGGCAAUCUCAAUUGCAGCAGAAUCCAAGCGAGAGGAGGAAAGAGCAAAGGGAGUAAACCCUGACAAUGGGAACGAGAACCCAGAUAUUGUACCUUUUGAAGACAAUGAAGAAGAGGAAGAGGAAGAAAGUGAGGAGGAGGAUGAGAGCUUUGGUCAAGCUUUUGGGCCAGCUGCUUUUGGCAGAGGAAGUGGUGGGGGAAUUGUAUGGCCUCCUAUAGUUCCUUUUGGACGUGGAGCCAGACCUUAUCCUGGGAUGCGGGGCUUCCCUCCAGGUAUGAUGGGUGAUGGAUUUUCUUAUGGAUCAAUGACACCUGAUGGUUUUCCUAUGCCCGAUCUUUUCGGAAUGGGCGGCCGACCUUUUGGACCAUUUGGCCCUCGAUUCCCAGGUGAUAUAAUGUUUCACAACCGUCCUCCAGCUGCUGGUGGAUUUGGGAUGAUGAUGGGUCCAGGAAGGGCCCCUUUCAUGGGUGGAAUGGGUCCUGGAGCAACUGGCCCACCCAGAGGUGGUCGACCAAUAGGAAUGCAUCCAUCAUUUAUUCCACCUCCAUCACAACCUUCUCAAAAUCCUAGGGUCAAAAGGGAUCCGAAAGCUCCAGUUAAUGAAAGGAACGAUAGAUUCAGUUCAGGUUUAGAUCAAGGUAGGGGUCAAGAGAUGGCAGGCUCAGUUGGUGGACCAGAUGAAGGAGUACGUUAUCCACAAACUGGAAACAGCUUUAGAAAUGAUGAAAGCGAAAGCGAGGAUGAAGCACCUAGAAGGUCCAGACUUGGGGAUGGAAAGAAAAAGAAGCUUAGCAUGGAUGGAGAUGCUACAACUGGCACAGAAAAGUAAGUUCUGUUAGAAACCCCGAAGAAGCCAUCUUGCCUCUGCAAUUGUCUGACAGAUCCCAAAACGUGGAAAACACAUUAUAACUAGUUUUGGAAAGUGAAAACCUAGCAAUUAGUGUCUUUUGUAUACUACACUACAUAUGAUAUUCCAUUCCGGAGCUCACUAGUUCUUUGCUUGCUUGUUCAAAGAGCACCCCUGCCUGCAGUAUAUUGACCCAACUUAUGAAAAAGCCAACUUAAGUAUAUGUCAGUGGUGUACAAGUUAUUCGGUCAUUAUUUCGCAAACAUAUUUGCUUCUCUAAUUGUAAAACUGAUUUACAGUUACAGGUUAGGCUAGAUACAGCAGAGCUGGGCUUUAUUUUUUUGGCAAGGUCCUGCCUGUCUGUUAAUGGAGCAUUGAAAUGUUGAUGAGAGGUCCUGUAACAUGAUUAGAAGUUGAUGCAUUAAAUCACUUUCUAACUAUGAUCUAUUGUGGUUUCUGAUCAAUGCAAAACCAGAUUAGCAAGUUUGUUUCUUUAA